AUGUCGGUUUUCGUGCCGUUGCUCGAGCCUGCUGCUGCGGACAGUGCUCUCCUGCGAGCACUGAUCCGCAUAGCACCCAUCAUCGUUCCUGCAUCCACCGCGUCCACCACACCCCUUCCCGGAAACGCCAAACGCUUGAUUUUGCUCGAUCAUGACUCACCCCCCAACCUCGACGAGAUCACCUCUUGGCUCGACGGGGGUGCAGAAAAGGUCAUCGUCCCUCUCGCCUAUGCAAAGGAAGUUAUAGAAGCCUUGCCUGCAGAUCGCCUGCUACUGCUCUUUGACGUAGGGAGCGUCAGCGCUGUCUCCGACACCGUCCGCAACGGUGUCUCCGGCGUCCUCAUCAAGAGCCCUUCCCUCGAUGUCGAUUUCGUGACUUCCGUAUCGCGUUUCUUCUCUGGCUCUGCCAUUCACGUUCUCCCUGCCGUUGCGAGUACCCCUCCUACCCCAUCCACCAUCCGCGCCUUCUUCGCUGCGGGUGCAACUCUAGUCUUACCCACUUCUCUCCUCACCUUGGAGCCUUCUUCGCAGUCUCACAUCAACGUUGGCGAUGCCUUUCUCGCCCCUCUCGUUUCAGAUCGUCCAGACGGUCUCUUCCCUACUGUCGUCGCCUCUCACCUCGAAGGGGGCCGUUCGUUGGGCCUCGUCUACUCGUCUACAGAGUCCAUCAAGGAGAGCAUCGCCACUGGCAAGGGCGUCUAUCAGUCGCGGAAACACGGCCUCUGGCGGAAGGGCGAAACAUCGGGAGCGACGCAGGACGUCGUCAGUAUCCGCCUCGACUGCGACUGCGACGCCCUGGAGUUUAGCGUCAUCCAGAACGGCGCAGGUUUCUGUCACCUCAGCCGCCCGUCGUGUUUCGGGGAGACCAGCGGAUUGUCUGCCCUAGAGAAGACGCUGCAAUCCAGACUGUCGUCCGCGCCGGAGGGCUCUUACACUCAGCGGCUGUUCAAGGACCCGGACCUUCUCAGCUCGAAAAUCAUGGAGGAAGCAGACGAGUUGUGCCGCGCCGAAACGAAGGAAGGAGUUGCGUUCGAAGCGGCCGAUCUCCUCUACUUCGCGCUCACACGCUGCGUUGCAGCGGGUGUGAGCAUUGCUGACAUUGAACGGUCCCUGGACAGCAAGUCGAAGAAGGUUACGCGCCGCCCCGGCAAUGCGAAGAAGCAAUGGGUCAAGGCGUCGCAGCCUUCGGAUGAAAUAGCUGCGCAGAAGCCUGCUCCAGCGUCAAUUGUUGAGAAGGAACCCGCAGGUACGAGCGCAGCCAUCCGCAUGCGCACCUUUGAUAUCUCCUCGACGACCUCGGAGGAGCGUGCUAAACUGCUCCGCCGACCUGUCCUCAAGUCUGACGAGAUGAUAUCAAAGGUGAAGCCGAUUGUGGAUGAUGUGCGCAUCCGCGGCGACUCCGCGCUGCUCGAGCUCACAGCCAAGUUCGACAAGGUGCAGCUGUCUUCGACCGUACUCUUUCCGCCCUUCCCUCCAGAGUCGAUGCAGCUCGACGCGUCCGUGAAGGAAGCGAUCGACAUCGCGUAUGCAAACAUUUACAAGUUCCAUGCUGCGCAGGCGGAGCAGUCCACCAUGACCGUCGAGACGAUGCCGGGCGUGCUCUGCUCUCGCUUCUCGCGGCCGAUCGCGCGUGUGGGUCUGUACGUGCCUGGAGGCACUGCGAUUCUUCCCUCCACUGCGCUGAUGCUCGGUAUACCUGCGCAAGUUGCGGGCUGCAAGGAGGUCGUCAUUGCAACGCCACCGCGCACCGAUGGUAGUAUCUCCCCUGAGGUGAUGUAUGUAGCACACCUCGUAGGUGCAUCCGCGAUCCUCAAGGCAGGUGGCGCUCAAGCGGUGUCGGCGCUCGCAUAUGGCACGCAAACGGUUCCGAAGGUCGACAAGAUCUUUGGCCCGGGCAACCAGUGGGUUACCGCUGCGAAGAUGCUCGUGCAGAACGAUACCGAUGCGUUGGUGUCAAUUGACAUGCCUGCAGGCCCCUCCGAAGUGUUGGUUAUCGCGGACAGCACGUGCAACCCUGCCUUCGUCGCAGCCGAUCUUCUCUCUCAGGCAGAACACGGCGUGGACUCUCAGGUCGUCCUCGUCGCCGUCAAUCUCUCCGAUGCGGAAGUGUCUGCGAUCGAGGCCGCGGUCGACUCCCAGGCGCAUGCCCUGCCGCGUGUCGGGAUCGUGCGCGAGUCGAUCGCGAAGAGCAUCAUCGUGAAGACGAAAUCUGAGCAGGACGCGAUCAGGUUCUCCAACGACUACGCCCCGGAACAUUUAAUCUUGCACGUGAAGGACGCGAAGGGGCUCCUCGCUUCGGUAGAUAACGCAGGCAGUGUGUUCGUGGGUCCGUACUCCCCUGAAAGCUGCGGCGACUACGCGUCCGGCACUAACCACACGCUCCCGACAAAUGGCUAUGCUCGCCAGUUUAGCGGAGUCAAUACACUCUCCUUCCAGAAACACAUAACUUCACAGGAGGUCAGUGCAAACGGGCUGAGGGUGCUCGGCCCCGUCGUAGCCACGCUAGCCGACUGCGAAGGCUUAGACGCCCACGCGAAUGCUGUGCGGAUCCGCCUCCGCAGUCUGUGA